GCACGUGACAAGGCGCGGGUAGUCGAGAGCCGAGAGCAGGAGUCCGCGCAGAACUGCGGGCCGCGCGCCGUGGAACCUCAGCUAUGGGCCUGGGCGCCAGCGCCGAGCAGCCCGCGGGUGGCGCAGAGGGCUUCCACCUGCACGGGGUGCAGGAGAACUCGCCAGCACAGCAAGCGGGCCUGGAGCCUUACUUCGACUUCAUCAUCACCAUCGGGCAUUCACGGCUGAACAAGGAGAAUGACACGCUGAAGGCCUUGCUGAAGGCCAAUGUGGAGAAGCCUGUGAAGCUGGAAGUGUUCAAUAUGAAGACAAUGAAGGUGCGCGAGGUGGAGGUGGUACCGAGCAACAUGUGGGGCGGCCAGGGCCUGCUGGGUGCCAGUGUACGCUUCUGCAGCUUCCGCAGGGCCAGUGAACACGUGUGGCAUGUGCUGGAUGUGGAACCAUCUUCACCAGCUGCCCUGGCCGGCCUGUGCCCUUACACGGACUAUGUGGUGGGCUCAGACCAGAUCCUCCAGGAGUCUGAAGAUUUCUUUUCACUCAUCGAGUCUCAUGAGGGGAAGCCCUUGAAGCUGAUGGUGUAUAACUCUGAGUCUGACUUCUGCCGGGAGGUGACAGUAACUCCUAACGCAGCCUGGGGUGGAGAGGGCAGCCUGGGCUGUGGUAUUGGCUAUGGGUAUCUACAUCGGAUCCCAACCCAGCCCCCCAGUCACCACAAGAAGCCAUCUGGUGCCCCAUCACCUGACGCUGCACCACCUGGUGCCCCACCAUCUCUACCUGAUGUUCCCUCACCAGCGCCCAUCCCCCAGGACUCUCCUGGCCCGGGGAUAGGUUCCAGGCAGAGUGACUACAUGGAGGCCCUACUACAAGUACCUGGUUCCUUCAUGGAGGGACAGCUCCCUGAGGCUGAGAGUUCCAGCCACAGUGCUCCAGACUUUGGGGGUCUUCCGUGUUCCCUGGAGAGUCCUCUGCAGCCUCCACCUCCAGUGCAGCGAGUCAUGGACCCAGGCUUCCUAGAUGUGUCCGGCCUUUCCCUUUUGGACAGUGGCAAUGCCAGUGUGUGGCCCAGCCUACCCUCUUCCACAGCCAUCUCAGCCUCAGGGCCAGAGGACAUCGGCUCCAGCAGCAGUUCUCACGAGCGUGGUGGGGAAGCCACAUGGUCUGGGUCAGAGUUUGAGGUCUCGUUCCUGGAUAGCCCUGGAAGUCAGGUCCAGCCAGACCACCUGCCUCAGUUGACUCUUCCGGAAAGCCUUAACUCUGCAGCCUCACCAGAAGAUGGGCUAUCUGCGGAGCUGUUGGAGGCUCAGACUGAGGAAGAGCCUGCAAGUACGGACACCUCUGGUGUGAGGGGUGAAGCCGACGGGCCAGCCAGCCAGGCCCAGGCCUUUACCCCAGAAUUAUACUCUGGGCUGUGACCAGGCACCUGAGGUUGUUUCACAAGUUCUGUGCCUGGUCCCAGCCCUGUGUGUCCAGCUCCCAGGGCUGCUGCACCAUGCAACACACAGGGAUCCCUGCUGGCAAGGCCUCUGAUGUCUGCUCAGAGCCUGCUUCUACUUUCCAGAUGACCUUAGGGCAUCUGUCCUGCCUGGUGGUCCUGGGAGAUGCCUUUGGUGGUGGAGGGCUGGCAGCAGCACUCAGCUGUAGUAUUUUGCAAGAGCUAGGCUGGGGACGCAGUGAUAGAAGGCCAUGCACCUUGGAACCAACGCCUGUCAUGUCAUGGGCUCCCAGGAGGUAGUAGGCCCAAUCAUGAUCAGUGUAAAGAUGGGGUGAGGAAGGGGUUGGAGUCCAGUGCUGGCCACAUGGCUUUGGAGGGCUGGCUCUGACUCCUGUACAGCUUAUGGUUCUAUCUACUGGGAGGGACCCCAAGCUCCAGGAUUCCUUCAUCAGUGGCCAUGUCCUCACGCUAAAAUGCAACCUCUAGCUCAGGCUGGCUGAUGCCAGUCAGCACCAAAGAAAGGUUGCCCUGGCCCACCUCUGCCCCUCAGCAGAGAAGCCCUACGCUCAUCUUUUUCUCCCAGCCUCUGAACACGUGUCUAAUGUCCCCCAUGGUGACUCUUACUGGCUCCCAACAAAGAGCCAUUUCCUCUGAAUAUACAAGCACCCUGCCAACCACAAUGGUGAAAACUUAACAGCUUUUAGUUCACCAUCCUGAGUAACUCAAGGCCAGCUCAUCACCUGACUAGGCUUCUUCACAGAGCCCCAACCCCAGGAAUAAAGUAGAGGCCCCCAACCUCCAAGUGCCUUUGGAUGGCCCCUCAUCAACUGAAGUCCUCUGCUGUCACCCUUCCAGUUACUGUCUGUUUCGCUGGUUUUUGGGCACGCUGCCUCAAGCCUUGUCUUCUAGCAUCUGCCUCGGCGAGACCUCACUGUUUUGGCACCAUUUGUAACACACACACACACACACACACACACACACACACACCCCAAACUAUGAGUGCCAAGGCCCCAAAUUAGCAAACACAGUUCCAAGCACUGUGUCUGCUUUUAAAAUCAGCCCUUGUCAAUCCUACCAGAGCAGCUGGUGGGUGCAGAACAGUGAGGGCUGUGUUCUGGGUUGUCUAGGAGCCCAGUGUGGGUCUGCAGGAAUGCAGAGAACAGAACAGUCACCACAGGCCUGCGUAGGGCCAUGCAGGACCCUAACUGGCACAUUCUGGCUCUUCCCUUACUGCUUUUACUUUUCCCUUAACAUGGCUAUCUACACUGAUUACCCCAGGAUGAACAUGAAGCCAGAGGCUUUCUCUGUGAUCCACUAUCAAGGAAAAUGGCAGGUAGAAGAAAAUCUAAUACACUUUGAAAUAUUUUAACUAAAUUCUUUAUUCCGUACAACCACGAAAUACAGAUUUGUACCCUUUUGGCA